AUGUUGAAGAUGGAUCAUACAAACAUGACCCAAACCAUGUUGACUGCUGAACCUCAGACUCCAGAGAAGAACAACAGCAGUGGCAAUGAGUACUUUUACAUUCUGAUUGUCAUGUCUUUCUAUGGGAUCUUCUUAAUGGGAAUAAUGCUGGGCUACAUGAAAUCCAAGAGGAAAGAAAAGAAAUCCAAUUUGCUUCUGCUCUACAAAGAUGAGGAAAGGCGUUGGGGAGAAGCCAUGAAACCUCGGCCAACCGUGUCAGGACUGAGGUCCGUCCAGAUCCCCAUGAUGCUAAAUGUGCUGCAAGAGAGUAUGGUACCAUCUUUAUCAUGUGCUGUCUGCUCCAUGGAGGGAAGCAGUGUGAGUUCGGAGUCUUCCUCACCUGAUAUUCACUUCACCAUUCAAGAGGAAGUGCUGGAUGCUGAGCUGGGGGAAGCGUCAGAAGCCCUUCUCAAUGAGAGCAGUGAAGGGUCUUCAGAAAACAUCCACCAAAAUUCCUAG